AUGUCGUCGACGGAUCUGUUCCCGCCAACGUUCCCACCAACGGUGCUGCCGUCGUACCCGUUCGACCACGUCAAGUACCCGACAGAGUACGCGACGCUGCCACCAAAGACUACCACUACGACCAGCUCGCAGCAUCCCAUCUCCAGCAGCCCGUCCAGAACGCCGCCGAGGAGUCCGAGCGAGUCUGGAAGCGAGUCCGCCGCCGAGGAAAUCCGCAGCGCGUUCGUUCCAAUCAGGUUGAACACCCUGCCGCCCGCCCCGUCGGUGAUCACCGCCGCGAAAUCUUCCCCGGAGACCGCUACCGUCUCGAAGAAGCCGACGUUGGGCGUCAGGAACGAGCUGAAGGCGCCCAGGUCCCUGAUCGGCCUGAAACUGUCGCCCAAGAGGAGUCCAACGCCGACGAAGAUCGCAUCGCCGCCACCUGCCAAACCUGUCUGGAGGCCCUACUAG